AUGGCGAGUAACAGCCAGAGCCCCCGGACACCAAGCCCGGAAAAGGCCGGGGAGGCACUGCCUCCGCUAUCUCCCAGCGAAUUUCGAACAUAUAAUCGCUUGUCGGAGCAGAUGGACGCCUUUCACAAUCAUUUUCGCCUGACAUGGAACGAGCUCUUGGGGGCUUGUUCCAGCGAAGGGAAACGCUCUAAAGGAAUGUCUGCUCGCCAGAUGAUCAUGAUGGGUCUCCAGUUCUGCUCCCAGCUCGAUUUCCAUCACUCUAUAGAGGAGCAACACAUCUUCCCUGUUCUGGCAAAGAAAAUGCCUGAGUUCCGCAAGGAGCUCGAACUUUUGAAGCAACAUAAAAAGAUUCAUGCGGGCCUCGAGAAACUCGAGUCGUAUCUUGAGAGCUGCCGAUCUGGCGAGGAAGACCUGCGCCGUGAAGAAGUCAAGCGGCUGAUGGAAGCAUUUGGGGGAGCGGCAUAUUUCGAUGGCAACACCACCAGUGACACGGCAGACAGCGUUUUGGAACAAGAAUCCGCGGAGUGA